AUGGUGUCUUGUAGGGGAAUUUGUCAACCAGUUUUCUCAGCCCUUUUGGAGUAUCAUACAGCAAAGAUAGUGCAUAUCAAAAGCAAAAAGGUUGGACUGAUCAAUCGACUAAUACAGUUAGCGAUCAUUGUUUACAUUAUAGGGUGAGUAGUGUUUCAGCUUCAGUUUCGAAAUUAAUGCCAAACAUACAGAAGGCAACGCAACAAGCUACUUUUCUUGACCUUCAACUGGAUGUAACGUGUAAGUCAGUCCAGUCCUUGCAAAAGCAGAUAAAAGAUCGGAUAGAACUGCUGACGUUUUAAGGUAUUCGAUGAGCUGUAGCUGCAGGAUCAGCUGUAGGUACUCAAUCAGCUGCUUCAAGUGUUUAUGCAAAUACCACAAGAAUUGCAAUCGACCACCUUUGAAGAAAGACGAAAAAAGAAGUAGCCUAGCCAUGUUCUAUAAAAUUUACAAUGACCAAACUAGGAUAGACACUGGGAAAUAUCUAAAGCCGUUGAGUCGAGUUAGCCGUCAUGUUAAUAGCCAAGCUUAUGAUCAGGUGCCAGUUGCAUAUUUGCUAUUUUGAUCCAAGAACAAUAAGCCCGGCCUAGCUAAUCGAAUGUUCGGUAAUCGAACUCCAGUCAUUCGAUUGACUUCAAUUGCGUUCGGUAAUCGAACUUAACCCAACUCACCCAAAAGGUUUGCCAAUCAAACACUUAAAAACAAUCGGACAUAAAACCAGUUUCUUCUGGUUUCAAACAAGGUGUUGUGUUCAAGUAGUUUGGCUUCAAUUUCAAAUACGAGCAGGGUGCAAAGAAAGUCAGUUUUACAGCUUGCCAUUCGGGCAAGCUGAAGCUAGUAUUUAUCAGCCCAAAUGUCACUUCAACCAGCCCCAAAAACUUUUUGAUGAGGAGAAUUGAUUUCACAGUUCUUCUGUAAUUUAAAUUCAAUCCCACUAGCCCCGUGCUACCGGACACAACUUUCUUUGCACACUGACGAGUAUGCAAAGAUGUCACAGCAAUGGUUAAAGGCUACCAUGAGUGCUCUUUUGCCGUCGGUGUCAGAGAAAAGUUUGUUAUUAAGAAAAAAGGAGGAGAUAGUAACAGGGGUCCUGCUCUGAAGGUAAAUGACUAAACUUGGACAUUUGCCAUAUGAACUGGUGCCUGUACUUUGGCCACUGACCGACAAAGUUGAAGUGUAAGGCCCUGUUUAUACGUCGCGCAAUCGUCGAAUUCAAUUCAAAGCCUCCCACGCAACCAAUGCAAUAAAAUUUGACGAUUAUGUGACAUAUAAAAUGAAUUAAAUUCGUCUGAGGAAUAAUCAAACUUUCCGAAAAGUUCUAAAUCUGACCGAUUAGGCUCGAUUGAUUUUGGUCAGUUUCAUUCGAUAAGAGAGUUGAACAUUUUUCCAAAGAGGUCAUGUAAUGCCUUUUCUUUGAUGGCAUUUACAAACUGCCUUUAUUUUAUAAAUAUUAUAUGACUACUUUUAUUUAUUUCUUUUAUAUUCCUUUUUUAAUAUUGACCACUGGCCAAUUUGCAAGAAUCAUCAAUUAUUUUUGUUGGAGGCAAGAUAGAUAACCAUAAUAUGUGACAUUUACGACAAUUCGUGCAGAAUGUAGGAAAUGAUUCGAUCUUUGAUGUUAGUAAUUUCUUUUGUUUGGUUUUAAUAGACCUUCAGGUAUUUAAUCCUUGCAGUAAUUUUUUUUUAAGGUAUGUGAUUGUUUAUAAAAAAGGAUAUCAAGAAUUUCAGGAACCAUACAGUUCUGUAACUACCAAAGUGAAAGGCUUAUCACUCACCGACUUAACAAGGAGUGGCCCAGAAUUUCCACUGUAUGGAGGUGUUCAUGUGUGGGACUCAUCAGAUUUUGUUGUCUCUCCUGAGGUACAAACUUUUAGCUCUAACCAUAACAACUGAAUUGCAAUGAAUGGAAGAUGAGUGCCUGGGAUGUUUGGGAACUCCCCUGUCACCAACUGACCCCUACAAAGAGACCCACUCCUAUGGCUGCCAAUCCCCAGAACCCAGCCUAUCACCCCCAUACAGUGUACCUCACCAAGUCAUCUAAGCUCCCAUCAAACUGUGUUUGCAGUGGAAAAUAAGGGAAGGAUUAGGCUGGGAGGGGCACAAAUGACAAAGAAGAACACACUCCACAGAAAAAAGCCGUUAUGCUUGAACACACUGAAAUGUGCUAUAAGGCUAUGCCAGAGAAGGUGACAGAGCAUCAGCUACUCUUUGUUGUUAACUCAGUUUAAUUGCAUUUAAUGGUAACCGCAUUUAACCGCAUUAGUUCCAUGAGUAGCAACAAUAUAUAAAACAAUAUUGCUAAGUAAUCAAGAGAAAACGUUUUCAGAAGAAAACGUUUUAUUGGUCCUCAAUGCCAAAAUCUUUAAGGGUAUAAAGUCUGAACCCGAACUGGAAUAAAUAUUCAAAAGGGUGGUGUGCUCAACCCAAUAACCCUUGAGUACUGAUAAUACAUUUUAAAAGCACCACAUUGCAAUAAAUGAUAGAAACAAAAGUAGAUCAUCAUCUGUUUCAAGUGUUUGCUGGGGGCUGACAAGAAUACUAUUUCGCUAGGAGGUAUUUUUUUUAUUAUUUUAUAAAAAAUAUUGUUUACAGAAUAUGGAAGAUGGUGGUGUGGGGAAUUCCUUAAGGGCAAGGGUAGGGGAUACCAGUUUUAGUCCUGAUAUGUAUAUAUUACUUGCCUUUAGUUUAUUGAUACUUUACCUGUUUGUUUAGCUUUUUUGCUGCUAAUUUGUGCCAACAGGAGAAUAAUGCCGUAUUUGUAAUGACAAAUGUGAUCAUCACACCAAAUCAAACACAGAGCACUUGUCCAGAGAACUCAGAGUUGCCAGGGGUACAGUGUACAAGUGACAGUGAUUGUAAACCUCUAGAACCUGUGAAAAAUGGCAAUGGUAUACACUUAUAAUAAUACAAUAAUUAUAUUGAUAAAAUAUUAGCAUAUAUCGACUUUAAUUUUAGCAUUUUGUGAUCCAAAUGUUUAAAUUGAGCCAAGAGUUGGUUAUAUGUGGUAAAUGAAAUGUGUUGUGAUUAAUAUGCACUAGUUACCAGUAGUGAAUUGAUAUAAUCUAUUGUUAGUGAAAUGACGCCUUGUGGGCAAUUAGUCUAUGAUGGCUCUCAGUUCUUCUGUAUUUUUGGUGGACAUAGAAACUCAAUCAUGAUCAGUCGAUGACAACAUGAUUAUCUUCAAAAAAGGCCGCAUUGCUUUAAUGUUAGUUGUUCUAGAAAAAAAAACCGAGUUAACCUUUCAUAAACCGCUUGAUUCUUAAAAGGCAUAAUUUGACAUGAGUAUAUAAUUGCAUGGGACCCUUUUUUUUCAAUUAUUGUCUUAUCUUUUGUUUUUUAAUGUGUUUUAUGUUCUGUGAUGGAGUAUUGUCAAACAUAUGUUCCAACAUGACUCGUGUAACUACUGUGUAUUUUGCAAGAGUUAGCAUUAGUUCGCCUCACCUUUUGUUUUGUAAUACUUUGUAAUGUUUGCAAUAAAGAGUUGAAUUAGUUCGCCUCACCAUUUUACUCUUUUUUUAGAGUUACUCAAUUUACGAUUCAGAGAUAUUAUUAGGUAGUUGUUUAUUAGAACUCAGAAUUUAGAGUUUAAAUUAUUAGAAUUUACAACAUUUUACUAGAGUUUUAUAUAUAUAUAAUACAGUCUCCCCAAUUAGUAAGGCACUGUACCUGAGCUAUAAGACAUGAGACUUUAAUAAAGUUCAUUAUUAUUUUAUUUAUUAUAUGUAUGUUUAGUCCUGACAGCUGAUUUUGUUGCUAAGGCAGGCCAGCACACAUCAUUAUUUUUAGAGUUUUACUUAUUAAGAGCUGGUAAACACUGUGCAAACUUAACAUGUAUGACUGUAUGAAUGACUGAAUGUAUGACUAUACUAGCUACUCAACCUACUUUUGUAGUACUAUGUGUUGGUCAUGGUCAAAAUUUUCUCUUUUCUCAUAAUGCAAGCUCAAACCAGAAAUUAUUCCAGGUAUAUAAAAAACUCUGACUCUUUUCAAACUCUUAAAAUAAAAGCUUUGAAAUUCUUGUUAACAUUAAGGUUUCAAGACGGGAAGAUGUGUAAAUAAUGAAAAAGGAGAGAAAGUUUGUGAGAUUUAUUCCUGGUGCCCAGUGGAGAUUGAUGAACUUCCAAUGCCAGGCUUUAAUUUAAGGUAAGGCCCUUGCAUUUUUUAAAUAAAUAAUUAUGUAAAAUAUGUUAAUGUACUUUUUUUUACCAUCUUUUCAGUUUUGUGCAUAUCUUACCACUAUAAUUAUGGAUUAUCCUGUCAUUAAAUGCUGUAAGCAGUAUAUAUUUUUAAUAACUGGCAUGGACUUCAAUGAGUUUCAAGUUUAUUUCAAAAUUUUACAGGCUAAUUUACAAACUGCUCCACCCACAAGCAGGGCUAACCAAGGCAGGAAGAGAAAAUCAGAUAGUUUAAAUACCUUGAAAAUCUAAAUACAUAAAAAAAUACAUAAAUAAAUAUCAUCAACAAUUUUAAACCUACUCACCUGCCAUUUGAGUUUCACAAUGGGAGUAGGUUCUAGUUCCCCAUGGACCAACACUUGGUGGAAAAAUCAGUCGGAGAGUUUACUAGUAUUGCUUGAAAUUUCAUCCUGUAUCUAUGAGAAAUUAUAAACCUAAUGCUAAAUGUUUUUGAUCACCAGUGUGAGAUGUUGUUCUUUCCUAUUGCACUAGUUAUAAUGUUCCUCUUCUUGACGCUGCUAAGAAUUUCACCAUACUCGUUAAAAACAAUGUGCAGUUUCCCAAGUUUGGUGAAUCAAAGUAAGUAAUAAUAUUUACAGUUUAAUUUAUACUUCUUGUUUUGAGCUUACUGGCUUAUAGCUAGAACGCUUUAUGCCGGCAUCAGCGUAAGAACGAUGGUAAGGUCAUUGCUAUUGUUCUUGUGUGUGCAGUGAAGCGUAACCUUAGGCGCCAAUUCAAAGGGACUGGCUUUGAUACCUGCUAUCUCCCAUUCUCUGUUUUAUACAGCAUUGUUAUGACAAGGAGGAAUUUGACACUGAUCGUUCUUAGGGCUUUUUAAUAAGGUUAAAUAGGAUAUUAUGCUCCUUUAUUUUAAAAACAUUGAGUGUUUGAGUUUGUGAGGAAUGGCCUUUCAAAUAUAAUAUUACAGGAAACAUGUUCUGUUAUGAUAAUUCUCAAAUUGAGUUUAGCCAGAGUAAUUUCUUUGCUAUUUCUAUCCAUUCUUAAUAUAUUUAUAUAUAUAUAUAUUUUUUAAUUUAUAUUUCUUUUUUUGUUUACUGUGAGAAAAUCAUCUCAUUUGUUAUCACAUUGGUGACAGAAAAUUGUGCUGUCAAACAAAUUGCAUCCCCUGUUAUGCAGCAUGCAUCCCUUAAUCACAAGAUGGCAAUUAUGACAAGCAAGUUUACCUCUUAGAGGUUUCAACAGCAGUUGCAGGUGAUAAGCUUUGGUUUUUGCCUUUAAAAGUAUAUUAUUUUUGUUUGUCCAAACAGGAGAAACAUCCAGUCCAAUAACAAAACAUACUUGACUAUCUGUAAUUAUGAUCCUGAAACAGACCCUCUGUGUCCAAUAUUCCAGCUUGGAAAGAUUGUUGAGCUAGCAGGUGUCAAUUUUGAUGAAAUAGCUUAUAAGGUAAGUUCAGGUUUGAAUUAACAACAGAAAAAAACAGAAUUUGACUUCUUUCAUGAAUGUCAGUUUCAGAUCAUCCUAAUUCAGUAUCAAUGACCUGACCAGUGGCCACGGCAAAAAACUCUUAUACAAUCUAGCCAAUCAGUGUGUGUGAAGUUACUGCCAACUUUGGACAUUCUUCCUUUUACACAAAAAACAACUGGAAACUUGCAUGGCAUAGAGAAACACAUUUUUUGUAUGAUUUAUAGUGAACAGAGUAGACCAUCACACAUGAAAUAUCUAUUUCAGUUAAUUUGUUUAAAAUUAUAAUUGAUUAAUUUACUUUUUCAAUAAUCUUUUUUUUCUGUUGUCGUUUUCAUGUCAUUUUAGGGUGGAGUCAUGGCCAUUGUUAUGACAUGGAAUUGUAACUUUGACUCUCUUGCAUAUUCUUGUGAACCCAAGUACUCAUUUAGAAGGUGAUUACAGAUCUCCUGGUCACAAUAAUUAUAGUUGGGCUGUAAUAUUAGGAUGCAGUCCGGUUAAAUUUACCAUAUUUCAUUCUUUCACCACACAGUACGAUCGGUGAAAGAUGGUUAAAUUUACCAUCUUUCAUUUUUUCACCACACAGUACGAUCUUGACAUUGCUGAUCCUAGCAGUAUGCAGGACGCACGUCAAAUAUGAACCUAGUAUACGGCCUCGCUCUCCAUGAGUUCUCCGUAACUUAGUGGAUAGAGCGCCCGCCUGGUGUUUGGGAGAUCAUAGGUUCAAAUGUUGAUUCUGAUUUUUUCUUUGUCCCACGCUCGUGACAUGCAGAUUAUUUCAUCUUCACAUUUGUUAACUGAGCUUAAAAUUUACCAUCUUUCAUUCUUUCACCAAUCAUUAUAUGGUUUUUUAGUAAACAAUCAUGUUUUCUCCUCAGAUUGGAUGACUCCAAAGCACUGAUUGCCGAAGGUUAUAAUUUCAGGUAACAUUAGUUCCAUGUCAUAUCAUUAUCAUCAUACUGAUCCCACUGACAAAGUUUUUUAUAUUCUAACCAUGGAAGAAAGCCUGUUCCAGACUGAAAGAUACUUAUAGUAAUGAGCAGAAGUCAUGAAAUCUGAUGCAUAAAACACGCACCCCCUUUCCCAGAUCAUACACAUCUUAUUCUCUCAUGCAUAUGGCUUGUUCAGUUUGGAACAUUCCAACUAUCUAAAAGCCUGGCACAGGCUAAACAUGAGUGUUUAAAUUUCUUUGUUUUAUUUUUUCAAUACUUUUGCAGAUACGCUAAUUAUUAUGUACAAGACAAUGUUCUUUACAGGACACUGUUCAAAGCUUAUGGUAUUCGAUUUAUGAUCCUGGUAUAUGGACAGGUAAAAAUAAUUGUUGCAUGUUCUGUUCACCAUGAGGUCAUAUCUUUUACAGAAAAUGUCCUAACCCCAUGGCUACAGACUAUUUUUAGUCUAAGCCCUUGAUCAUCUCUUUUAUAUGGCCUUUCAUUUUAAUUAAGUAUUUCCCUCGACACUUUGCUUGAGAAACGCUUUUCCUUUUUUCGUUUCCUAUUCUUUUGCAAUAAUAUUACCAUGAAUAAAUUCAUUAUUGAAGAUUGUAUCUGGAACAAAUAAUAUCAAUAAAAGGGCACUUGAUAUGUUAAGUUCUUGCUUUGUUUUACAAGCAAACACAUAGCAAUUUGGAAUCUAAACGUUUCCAUAACCCUAUCACAUUGGCUUUUUUCUUUCGCCUCAUUUAAAUAAAGAUAUUCAGAGAGUUCAGAGAAGUAUGUUAUAAUUAUUAAAAGGAAGGUCCGUGUGCUUGUGAUAACACUUCGUUUUUGACAGAUCCAAAAAAUUUGAGUAGCUAUAAAGAGCUAUAAAAAUAAAGAAAAAAAUGUUUGAUUUUCUGUAUUCCUAGGGAGGAAAAUUUAGUGUCAUCCCAUUGUUUCUCAACCUGGGAUCUGGUCUUGCC